UUGUGCACGGCGGCAGCAUGGCUUCGUCUCACGGGAGGUGCGACCAGCGGUUCGCAGACUGGAUGUCAAGUUUACCGCAGAGCAUGCACACGAUCCCGCUCACCAACCUGGCGAUUCCCGGCUCCCACGAUUCCUUCAGUUUCUACAUCGACGAGUCCUCCCCGGUGGGCCCCGAGCAGCCCGAGACGGUGCAGAACUUCGUCUCAGUUUUUGGCACGGUGGCCAAGAAGCUCAUGAGGAAGUGGUUAGCUACUCAGACGAUGAACUUCACCAGCCAACUGGAGGCCGGGAUCCGCUUCUUUGAUCUGCGCAUCUCCACCAAGCCCCGCGACCCCGAGAAUGAGCUGUUCUUCGCCCACGGGCUCUUCAGCGCCACGGUCAGAGAAGGUCUCAAGCAGAUCAGCGGUUUCCUGUCCACUCACUCCAGAGAGGUUGUCUUCCUGGACUUUAACCACUUCUAUGGCGUGCAGAACAUGCACCAUGAAAAACUGGUGACCAUGUUGAAGGAGGUGUUCGGAGACAAGCUCUGCCCGGUCGUUUUCGCUCAGGAGGUGAGUCUGCAGUAUCUGUGGGAGAAGGAUUAUCAGGUCCUGGUCUUCUAUCACCACCCCAUGGCCCUGGAGGUGCCCUUCCUGUGGCCGGGCCAGAUGAUGCCCUCUCCCUGGGCCAACACCACAGACCCAGAGAAGCUGGUUCAGUUCCUCCAGGCUUCUGUCACUGACCGCAGGAGGAAGGGCUCGUUCUUCGUCUCCCAGGUGGUUCUGACACCGAAGGCGAGCACCGUGAUGAAGGGUAUGGCAAGCGGACUGAGGGAGACGAUCACAGAAAGGGCCUUACCGGGCAUGAUGCAGUGGAUCCGAUCGCAGCGACCCGGCGAGGACGGCAUCAACAUUAUCACGGCUGACUUUGUGGAGCUCGGGGAGUUCAUCAGUGCCGUCAUCACCCUCAACUACCACCUGGACGAGGAGGACGACGACGAUGCCACCUGAGAGCCUGCGGGGGGGCGGCAUUAGUGGCUGGGUCUGCGCUCUCUUUUCUAUUUGGCAUUUAUUCCAGGAGGGGGGCUUCGCUGCUCCUUUCUCUUUAUUUAGGGCUAUGGUGAAUUGAGAGAGAGAGGCGGGAAAGACGAGAUGGGUUUAGUAGAAGCAGCGCCUGGUGUUUGGUUUGGGCACCGGGAGGGAAUGAGAGUCGGCUCGGUUCCGGUUCUGAGGGACCCGUUUCUUUCGAGUGAGAUAUGAAUUUUUUGUUUUUCUUCUUCUCGUGCUGUAAAAAGAUAACUCCCUUCUCCAGGCUGUUCCUGUUUCUAGGCUCACCGCUCCCUCCGAGCAUAUCAACUUUCUGCUAAAUGUCCUGGUUAAUCA